UGGUGGUUGAAGAACAAUGAGUUACCACCAGGAUUACAAUCAAGGGUUAAUAAGGAAUUGAUCUUUGAAGUCGAUGAAAAUGUUAUCAAGAGAAGAGGUGGUAAACAGUUAGUUUUGAAAGACUAUUACAUUUUGAAUCAAGAUAACUCGCAACUAAUAUUGCAUGUUGUUUUUGACCCUGCUGAUCCACAUGGAACUGUUAAUAUCACAGAAACAACUGAAGAUCCACCGGCUUUAGAUAAGUCUGCAUUGGAUAAAUAUUCGACCACUUUAGGGAAUCAAGUCUUCCAAAUUGCAUCAAGGUUGGUGAAUCAAUCAAUAAAAGAGCCAUUAGUUACUCAUAUAUUGUCACAAAUUGGUGGUGUUUUGAAGCCAGUUGGUUUAAGAAGCUAUGGUGCUGUAAUUUAUACCAACUCAAACAAUACAGAAGUUCACCAAGCUGAUGAUUUUAAACCAGGUGACGUUAUUGCCAUCAACAAGGCUAAAUUCCAAGGUCAUAAUAAACUACACCAAAAGAUUAUUUAUGAAGUUGGUAACAGUGGUGCUCCAUUUGCUGCAAUCAUUACUGAAUACGACGAAAACAAAAGAAAAUUUCGUGUUAUUGAAGCAGAUGCCAAUGGUAAAGUUAAACACUCUUCUUAUAAACCUUCUGAUAUGAAAAGUGGUAAAAUUAAAGUGUUCAGAGUAGUGAGCAGGGACUUUGUUAAUUGGAACUGA